CGGUGGAGGGGUGGGUGACAGAGUCUAGAGAGGAUCGCGUUGUCACCCUCUUCCCGGGUGAACACCGAGCUCGGGAUUCCGAGAAGGGUGGGAGGAGUUAAAUUCUUGGCUGGGUGGGGGGGCGUUCUUGUGGACGCCACGCCCCUACAGGAAGGAAGGGCGCGUGCGUGUGUGCGUGCUUGCGUGUGUGUAUGUAUGUAUGUGUGUGUGUGUAUGUGUAUGUGUGUGAUGUUUGAGAAUAAACUUAGAAGGGAGGGAGCGGCCAGGGUGGGCUACUGGAUUGCAAAAUUGGAACAUCACUGGGACUAUUGCUGGUAGGACUCGGACCUCUAACAUUCCAGGAGAGUGCUCUCGGGAGUGGCCCCGGGAAGGAGUUUGACGGAGGCUGGGAAUUACAUCCUUGGCACAGUUUUGGAAGCAGAGGGGGAGGUGAGGGUGAAGGGAAGGGAGCAAAGAAUGCUUGUGGAAGGCGCCAGCAUCUAGGUCUGGAAUGGAUUUAGUUCAGUCAGGGAGAGCUGGCCGAUUAAAACACUGCACACCCUAAGAAGCUUGGGAGAUGUAGGGCGAUUAGUGUGUGGCACUAACAAGACACUAGAACAGGAGGAUGUUCUUUUCUCUAUUUGUUAGAAGACAGUCUCCACACACUAGUGGUUUUGGUUACUUCUCUACAGUGCGAAUAGGUGCUAUCUUUACUUUAUCCUAAGCCUUCAUGUGCGUACAUAUUGAUGAAGUGACUGUGUUUUGGGGUGCAGUAUGUGAGUGAGGUAGGUACUUUGUAUAACCUUGUGGAGUGUUUAAGGAAGGGUUUUUGAUGAUUGAGUAAAGGAAUGUAAUUUAGGUAGGGAAUCUUAGGAAUCCCUUUGGGUAUAUAAUAGAUUAGAGAGUGUCAUGAUGUUUAAAUAUUCUGCAGGUUAAAACAGAAAUCAGCUUCCUGGGCCAUGCUGGUUCUAAGGCCUGUUUCUUCUCAUGAGCCCCAGCAGAAGACGGACUGGCCAGCCCUCACAGUGGAUGCCUUCCCCUCCCUGAACAAAAGAUGGGAUAGUACCUGGGAUCUGCCUAUCACCAGACUGUGGGCUUAAUAAACCAGCUGAAUGAAGGGAUGUAACAGACCCCUGGGAGGGACACUGAAGCCUGCAGUGGGGGGGGAGGGGCCUGGACAUACCCCUUCCCCCCCAGACUCCUCCCCCUCAGUUCACUCAGCCAUGGACUUUGGACCUGGAUAAGAGGAGAGAAGCUGCAAUUUGUUUGGUGUAUCUGAUUUGGGAUUCUCAGUUUUGGAAAUGGAGUGCUGGAUGGGGGUUUGAUGAUCUUCAGGGGAGCAGCUGAGAGAAGAGAAGAAAGGUGCGUGGCUGCUUGCUAACCCCAGAGCCCAGAGGAAGCAUCCUUAGGACUUGGGGGUGUGAGCCCGGCAAGACGAGGGCGACCUUGAGCCCCACCCUUGCCCGCCUCCCCCGCGGGGGCCAGGAUGCUGAAGAAGCAGCCAGCAGGGCUUGUGCUGUGGGGCGCCAUCCUCUUUGUGGCCUGGAACGCCCUGCUGCUCCUCUUCUUUUGGACGCGCCCGGCGCCUGGCAGGCUGCCCGCAGACAGCGCGCUCGAUGACGACCCCGCCAGCCUCACCCGGGAGGUGAUCCGCCUGGCCCAGGACGCCGAGGUGGAGUUGGAGCGGCAGCGGGGGCUGUUGCAGCAGAUCAGGGAACACCAUGCUAGGUGGAGCCAGCGGUGGAGGGUACCCACCGUGGCCCCGCCUGUGCCACCGCGCGUGCCUGUGACCUCCCCACCAGCUGUGAUCCCCAUCCUGGUCAUCGCCUGUGACCGCAGCACUGUCCGGCGCUGCUUGGACAAGCUGCUGCACUAUCGGCCUUCGGCUGAGCGCUUCCCCAUCAUCGUCAGCCAGGACUGCGGGCACGAGGAGACAGCCCAGGUCAUUGCCUCCUACGGCAGUGCCGUCACGCACAUCCGGCAGCCCGACCUGAGCAACAUCGCAGUGCCGCCCGACCACCGCAAGUUCCAGGGCUACUACAAGAUCGCACGGCACUACCGCUGGGCGCUGGGGCAGGUCUUUCACACGUUCAAGUUCCCAGCGGCGGUGGUGGUGGAGGAUGACCUGGAGGUGGCUCCAGACUUCUUUGAGUACUUCCAGGCCACCUACCCACUGCUGCGGGCCGACCCCUCCCUCUGGUGUGUGUCUGCCUGGAACGACAACGGCAAGGAGCAGAUGGUGGACUCGAGCAAGCCCGAGCUGCUCUACCGCACAGACUUCUUCCCUGGCCUGGGCUGGCUGCUGUUGGCCGAGCUCUGGGCUGAGCUGGAGCCCAAGUGGCCCAAGGCCUUCUGGGACGACUGGAUGCGCCGGCCUGAGCAGCGGCAGGGCCGGGCCUGUGUGCGGCCUGAAAUCUCUAGGACAAUGACCUUUGGCCGCAAGGGUGUGAGCCACGGGCAGUUCUUUGACCAGCACCUCAAGUUUAUCAAGCUGAACCAGCACUUUGUGCCCUUCACCCAGCUGGACCUGUCCUACCUGCGGCGGGAAGCCUACGACACAGAUUUCCUUGCCCGUGUCUACGGUGCUCCCCUGCUGCAGGUGGAGAAAGUGAGGACCAGUGAGCGGAGCGAGCUUGGGGAGGUGCGGGUGCAGUACACGGGCAGGGACAGCUUCAAGGCCUUUGCCAAGGCCCUGGGAGUCAUGGAUGACCUCAAGUCUGGUGUCCCUAGGGCUGGCUACCGGGGCAUCGUCAGCUUCCUGUACCGGGGCCGCCGUGUCCACCUGGCCCCACCCCAGACGUGGGACGGCUAUGAUCCUAGCUGGAAUUAGCAGCACCUGCCUGUCCCUCCUGGGGCCCCUCCCUGCCAUAUCGUGGGCUAAGACAGGACUGCAGUCCCUGGACCGCAUCGUCCUCUCUGUUUUUCUCUUGGGUCCAUUUAUCUCCUUUUUUUCCCUUUUUUGAGUGGCAUUUGAGUGCACAGAUGGUAAGGUGAGGGUUAUUCUCCCUUUCUCAAGGACGUCAAAUCAGGGGAAUCUUCUGGGGCAUGUUGGGGGAGCAUUACUAAGCAGGAAACCACUGUGUGGUUUAGGGAGACUGGGGCUCGUUGAGGCCACAGACUUCCAUGUUCCAGGUUUUCUUCUAGGGCAUCUGCAGAGAGGUUGGCAACUUAGUUCUCUCGACCAGGUCUCUUUUUACUGUCCUGGGUCUUCCAGCCAGAGUAUGAGCCCUCCUUUUACACCUGCCCCCCACCCGCACCCACUGUCCCCCGAUUGGAGCAGGUUGAGGGGCUGGAAUAUGUGAGGAGGAGAUGCAUUUGUGGCCAAAAUGAGACUAACCAAAGGGGUAUCAUCAUCCGGGACCCAGGGGAGCUGUUAAGUUGUUAAGGUUUACUGCCUCCUGCCCAUGUUUCUCUUCCUCCCCUCUCUCCUUUGUCCCUGACCUCUCAGCUCUUCUUUCCCUGCAGCCUAGAGAUUCAUGAUUCUAAGAGGCAAAGUUGAAGGGAGAAAGCAAGACCUCUCCUCAGCUCAUCCGCCGUGGCGAGGGGAGGUCUUGGGUGCUGGGGCACCCCUCCCUCAUGUUCCUUGUACGGACUGUCCCCCAUCUGGUCCUUUCAAAAUCCCUUCCCUGUGCUCUCGGAUGGCCCGCACUGGCUUGGCCCAUGGCUUCUGGAGGACCUCUCAGUGUGAGAUGAAGCAGCUCAGACCUUUCAGCCCGGCCUCCCUCCCUUCUCCCCUGAGCAUUCCCGUGCGCACAGAUUAGGGUACAGAUGGAGGGUUGAAGAGCAAUGCGUGUGUUUUUGUUUCUUGCCUGACCUCAGUUCAUGGAAGAAAAUUGAAACUACAGAAUUAUUUUCAAAAAUAAAGUAAAGGCUGAAUUGUCUGAAAAA